AAUAUCAAAACCAUAGGAAAAGCACACAAUCGAACGUCAAAAAAAAAAAAGAAGAAAAAAAAAAAAAACCCAUACAAAAAAAACAAAAACAAAUUAAAAACACAAUCACUUGACAAACAGUUCUGUGCGCCGGGAGCGGACUGACCAUUUGGAAACUCGGGCACUGCUUGAGGGCCCGGGGUCAGUAGGGGGCCCCAUGAGAUGCCCCGGGUACCUUUUUUAUAGGCUUUUUUGAGUUUGGGCAAGGACACAGGGGCCCCAUGAUCCCCUAUUGCCCGGGGGGCCCCAU